CCGCUUUUUCCCGCGCGGACCCCCAACUUUACCUCCUCAACUCCUUCAUCCCUGUCGACAUUUUUUUUUUCCUUUCCCUUCUUCUCUCCUUUUCGGGGGGCGGUGGAAGAGAAAGUGAAGAAAAGUUGCAAACGCCCGGGCUCUCGCUAAGCUCUCCUCCCACCCCUCAGAGUGGAAGCCGCGGCGGCGAGGAGGACGCGCGAGCGACGGCCGAGCGGGCGACGCGGUGACAACGCUCGCUGCCCUCCGAGCGAGCCUGGAGCCUGGCGGCCCCUCAAGUUGUCAGUCCAGUGUGAAGCUGCGGAGUGAGGGAGCAAAGGUAAAGGAUGAUGUAAUGCCCUGGCUGCCCUAAAGCAUCUUUUGUUGUGGAUGGUUAUUCCCGUCAUCUCUUUAUGAAUCAAAUGUGAGGGGCUGCUUUGUGGAAGGAGUCCUGUGCAAGAGCGCAUCGACAGGAAAGAGAGACAUUCAGCUGGAGGGCUCUUGCUGAAAUGGGUUUAACUCUGUGUUGCCAGUCACCACUAGCCUGACCUCAUACAUUCUUAACAAUGGAGUGGCUGAGCCUUUGAGCACACCACCAUUACAUCAUUGGGGCAAAUUAAAGAACGAGGUGGGAAAAGAGGACUUAUUGUUGUCAUGGCCCAUGAGAUGAUUGGAACUCAAAUUGUUACUGAGAGCUUGGUGGCUCUGCUGGAAAGUGGAACGGAAAAAGUGCUGCUAAUUGAUAGCCGGCCAUUUGUGGAGUACAAUACAUCCCACAUUUUGGAAGCCAUUAAUAUCAACUGCUCCAAGCUGAUGAAGCGAAGGUUGCAACAGGACAAAGUAUUAAUUACAGAACUUAUCCAGCAUUCUGCAAAACAGAAGGUUGACAUUGAUUACAACCAGAAGGUGGUAGUUUAUGACCAGAGUUCCCAAGAUGUUGCCUCUCUGUCAUCAGACUGCUUUCUCACUGUCCUCCUGGGUAAACUGGAGAAGAGCUUCAGCUCUGUCCAUCUGCUUGCAGGUGGGUUUGCUGAGUUCUCUCGUUGUUUCCCUGGCCUCUGUGAAGGAAAAUCCACUCUAGUCCCUACCUGCAUAUCUCAGCCUUGCUUACCUGUUGCCAACAUUGGGCCAACUCGAAUUCUUCCCAAUCUCUAUCUUGGCUGCCAACGAGAUGUCCUCAACAAGGAACUGAUGCAACAGAAUGGGAUUGGCUACGUGUUAAAUGCCAGCAAUACAUGUCCAAAGCCUGACUUCAUUCCUGAAUCUCACUUCCUGAGAGUGCCUGUGAAUGACAGCUUUUGUGAAAAAAUUCUGCCCUGGUUGGACAAGUCUGUGGAUUUCAUAGAGAAAGCAAAAGCUUCCAAUGGCUGUGUGCUGAUACAUUGCUUAGCUGGAAUCUCUCGCUCUGCCACCAUUGCUAUUGCCUACAUCAUGAAGAGGAUGGACAUGUCUCUAGAUGAGGCUUACAGAUUUGUGAAAGAAAAAAGACCUACCAUAUCGCCGAACUUUAAUUUUCUGGGCCAACUCAUGGAUUACGAGAAGACUAUUAAGCAGACUGGAAUGUCAGGGCCAAAGAGCAAACUCAAGCUGCUGCACCUGGACAAAUCCAGCGAGUCUGCAGCCUCGGAGGGCGGACGGAAGAGUGCGCUGUCUCUCAGUCCACCCUGUGUCAGCUCUACCUCAGAGGCAUCAGGGCAAAGGCUUGUGCAUCCUGCCAGUGUGCCCAGCUUACAGCCGUCACUCUUAGAGGACAGCCCCCUGGUACAGGCGUUCAGCGGGCUGCAGCUGUCCUCAGAGAAGCUGGAAGACAGCAAUAAGCUCAAGCGCUCCUUCUCUCUUGAUAUCAAGUGUGUUUCGUAUUCGGCCAGUGUGGCAGCAUCUUCUCAUGGCUUCUCGUCAGAGGAUGCUGUGGAGUACUACAGGCCUUCUGCCACACUGGAUGGGACCAGCAAGCUUUGCCAGUUCUCCCCCGUACAGGAGGUAUCAGAGCAGACUCCAGAAACCAGCCCAGAUAAGGAGGAGGCCCACGUUCCCAAGCAGCCCCAACCCACCAGGCCUUCAGAGAGCCAGAGCAAGCGAUUACACUCAGUGAGAACCAGCAGUAGUGGGACCACCCAGAGGUCCUUCUUCUCACCACUGCAUCGGAGUGGGAGUGUUGAGGACAAUUACCACACCAACUUUCUUUUCGGCCUUUCCACCAGCCAGCAACACCUCACCAAGUCUGCUGCAGGGCACGGUCUCAAGGGCUGGCACUCAGAUAUUCUGGCGCCCCAGUCCUCUGCCCCCUCCCUGCCCAGCAGCUGGUAUUUUGCCACAGAGCCCUCACACUUCUACUCCGCUUCUGCCGUCUACGGAGGCAACACCGGUUACUCUGCCUACAGCUGUAGCCAGCUGCCCACGUGCACUGACCAAGUCUAUUCUGUUCGCAGGCGGCAGAAGCCCAGCGACAGAGCUGACUCGAGACGCAGCUGGCACGAAGAGAGCCCCUUUGAAAAGCAGUUUAAACGCAGAAGCUGCCAGAUGGAAUUGGGAGAGAGCAUCAUGUCAGAGAACAGGUCGAGGGAGGAGCUAGGCAAAGUGGGCAGUCAGUCUAGCUUCUCAGGCAGCAUGGAGAUGAUUGAGGUCUCCUGAGAAGAAGACCCUUCUGGUGACGUUUUGUUUUGUUUCCUGUUCACAAAAAAAUAUUCCCUGUAAAUCUGAAAUAUGUAUAUGUAUAUACAUAUAUAUUUUUGGAAUAUAGAGCUACGGUGUAAAAGCAAAAGAUGGAUCAACACAGUUAUUCUCUCAGCACCUGCACUGAGAGCAGCUAAUUCUCUCAGAAGAGUGGAAGGGUAGAUGUUAGAAUUCCCCCAGCCAGGAGAAGAGAUUUUGUUCAGUGAAUUGCACAUCUUGUUCCUACAAAAGCGAGGGUUUUUGUUUUUGAUGUUAGAGGGCAAAAUCCCUCCUAUUUUCAUGUGCAACAGAGAUCUUCAGAACUCACCUCUGUCCGGGCCCUUCCCUGUGCACCUUAGCGCUGAGACUGAGCCAGCUGUGGGUCGGGGGAAAGACCCUCUUAGGGACAGACCCUAGUGGUAAGUCCAAGAGCAAUGAUCCUGUCCAAAGCUGAGUCAUAAAUUCAAGCUUGAUUGGCAGCUGAAGGACACGGGCAUCAUUCUGCUGGAUGAACUAUUAGGAGCCCUGCCCAGAUCUACUCAAGCAAUCCAGUACCUCAGACAGGACAUUUGGGGCCAUCACCACUACCAUGUCUAGGAGCCCAUUUUCUAGGCAUUGUGAAUAAAUAACUUAUCACUUUCCAGACAAAUUCAUACCAUUUGUGCACAAAAUCCCAGUGUGCCUGGAUGGGCAGCUGCCAUUGUACUCUUCUUCUCAGCUUCAGAAGAGGGGAAACCAACUAGAGUUCAGCAUAGCUAGAGACUGCGCAGUCAGGUAGCUUAGAGACUUAAGCCAGGGAUGGGACAGCAAACAUUUGAUUAUAAUAAUCAAAGAAUUAUCUAAAGUGGGGUUGUUAAUCCUUAAAUCGACCACAGACUUGGGUUAGAGAUAAAUGUGAAUCACUGGGCUGGUUAGCAGAGUGACAGCGCCCUCGGGUCCUCAGCCAGAACAGAUGCUUUUCAGUUCUGUCUCAUGGCACACAGGAAGAUUCGAGAAGGUAAAACUUGAAGCAGGAAACAAAUUUCCUUGGUGUCUUUUUUUCCUGUGGUAUGCAAUAAGGGUACUAUUUCUAGAAUCAUCUUAGACUUCCAGACUUACCAUGGGCUUUGGCAAGCAAGACCUAUUCAGAAUAAAACAUACUACAAAAGUCACAAAGGGGUUGUUGGAUUUUGUUUAGUUGUGAAUGCAGGAGAGCUGUGUUCAAAAGCUGUCCCAGCAGGCUAAGGAAGGGCCAUGUCAGAUGGAGGACCACGGUUGUUUCUCAGUCUCUGGCGGACAAUCACCGUGUGGACGUAAUCCUGGCAGCGGAGAACAGAAGGUAGUAAGAACAAGUGUGCACAUGAUCGUGCCUAUCUGCCUUUCAGCUCCCUGGCUUGUGUUUUAUCUUCCAGAGUACAGUCCUUCUCAAGGCCUUAAUUCACGUCAGCAGGGUAUGGGUGGGGCAGGUACGGUCAUUGUUCUUUACUGUAAGUGUAGCAGGGGCUGACUCACGUCUCAGGUUUUUCUCUGUUUGUGAAAUGGACAGUCCUUUGACUAGGAUGUGACUUAAUGUUUCCUGUAGUGAUUGUUAAAACCAGCAUAGAAUGACAUGGUUCGAAGCUGAUGGGCUUGAUCAGGAGGAUUAUAGUCCUCAUGGACGUCCUGUACAGAUAAGCUGUGUCUGGACACAGACGAAGGCAGAACACUGCACGGGGAACAGGUUGCCACUCUGUGGAGGUUCAGUUCAGCAAUCUGUGUUUUUGAUAUACAUCAAAAUCUCUUAUGUAAUCAGAAGUUCUCAAUGCUUCACAGUAAACUUCAAUACACACACUAAAUGCGUAAGAGCCCACCCUCUUAAAAUCUGCUCACGCUGGUAAGACAUCAUUUAAACAUGAAAGCAGCAGCUCCAUCAUUCCGUGUCUGGGUGGUGCGCUGCCUCUGCCAUGUCGUGUAGGGCUCCCUGGGCCGUGGUCCCUUCUGUAGUGACACCUCUGCCAUGUCGUGUAGGGCUCUCUGGGCCAUGGUCCCUCCUGUAGUGACACCUCUGCCAUGUCGUGUAGGGCUCUCUGGGCCAUGGUCCCUCCUGUAGUGACACCUCUGCCAUGUCAUGUAGGGCUCUCUGGGCCAUGGUCCCUUCCGUGUAGUGACACCUCUGCCAUGUUGUGUAGGGCUCUCUGGGCCAUGGUCCCUUCUGUGUAGUGACACCUCUGCCAUGUCGUGUAGGGCUCUCUGGGCCAUGGUCCCUUCUAUGUAGUGACACCUCUGCCAUGUCGUGUAGGGCUCUCUGGGCCAUGGUCCCUUCUAUGUAGUGACACCUCUGCCAUGUCGUGUAGGGCUCUCUGGGCCAUGGUCCCUUCCGUGUAGUGACACCUCUGCCAUGUCGUGUAGGGCUCUCUGGGCCAUGGUCCCUUCUAUGUAGUGACACCUCUGCCAUGUCGUGUAGGGCUCUCUGGGCCAUGGUCCCUUCUGUGUAGUGACACCUCUGCCAUGUCGUGUAGGGCUCUCUGGGCCGUGGUCCCUUCUGUGUAGUGACACCUCUGCCAUGUCGUGUAGGGCUCUCUGGGCCAUGGUCCCUUCUGUGUAGUGACACCUCUGCCAUGUCGUGUAGGGCUCUCUGGGCCGUGGUCCCUUCUGUGUAAUGACACCUCUGCCAUGUCGUGUAGGGCUCUCUGGGCCAUGGUCCCUUCCGUGUAGUGACACCUCUGCCAUGUCGUGUAGGGCUCUCUGGGCCAUGGUCCCUUCUAUGUAGUGACACCUCUGCCAUGUCGUGUAGGGCUCUCUGGGCCAUGGUCCCUUCUAUGUAGUGACAGUCCUUCUCUACAGCGGUCAGUCUUCACCACUAAUGUCAUUUUACCCGAUGUUGGGGUCACAACUGCUGCACUGAAAGGGCUGCCUCUGCGGCGCACUGUGGGUGGUGUGGUGUUGGCUCUCGUGAGCACAGGGAAGCCUGGAGUCUUCUGCAGAUGCAGAGCAGUGACUUUAAUGAGCAAAACUAGACUCUGAGAAAUGCUGGAACUGUUGAGACCGUGUGCAAAGUCAGAGUGGAAAGACUGUAUAAAUGUGUAAUAUGAAUAUAGUGUUGUGUGGAGUAAGGCAAGCUGCUGAAUGGUUCGGUUGUGCAUUUCUCAUUUUGAUGUCAUGUAUGUUAAUAUGAUGAAAUAAAAUUGAAACUGGUACCUGUUUA